GUCGCCUCGGCUCCUAGCGCGCCGCCCCCAGACGCGACUGGCUGGUGGCGAAGACGGCGGCCGCGCUCCUGCCGCCCUGCUCCGGGCAGCCGAGCAUCCUUCCUGCUGCGAGUCUUCCCUCUGGGUUCGCGUCACCGAAGACCCGCGGCUAUGAGCCCCGAGCCGGUGCCCCCGCCGCCGCCCCCCAAGUGUCCCCGCUGCGACUGCGGGGAGCCCUUCGCCCAGCAGUUAGAGAAGGGCGACAAGGCCUUCCGCGCGGGAGAGUACGAGAUGGCAGCCGAGCUCUUCCGCUCCAUGCUGGCCGGCCUGGCGCAGCCGGACCGCGGCCUGUGCCUGCGGCUGGGCAACGCGCUGGCCCGCGCCGGCCGCCUCCCCGAGGCCCUGGGCGCGUUCCGCGGAGCCGCGAGGCUCGGGGCGAUGCGGCCUGAGGAGCUGGGGGAGCUGGCGGGUGGCCUAGCGCGCGCCCUGGGCCAGCGCGAGUGGCGGCAGUCUCCCCCGGGCCGCGCGACCGAGGCGCAAGGCGAGGGACAGCAGUCCUCGACGCCCAUCGCGCCCCGCGACCUGCUCGGCUGCCCGCGCUGCCGAAGGCUGCUGCACAAGCCGGUGACCCUGCCGUGCGGGCUCACGGUCUGCAAGCGCUGCGUGGAGUGUGGGCCCGCGCGGCCGCAGGCGCGGCGCGUCAACGUGGUGCUGAGCUGCGUGCUGGAGAAGUGCUUCCCCUCCGAGUGCCUGCUGCGCAAGCUGGCUAGCCAGGCGCGGACCCUGCAGCGCCAGCAGCAGCCUGAGGCCGCUCUGCUCAGGUGCGACCAGGCCCUGGAUCUGGCUCCUGAUGAUACCUCAUUAUUGCUGCUGCGAGCAGAUUUGCAUUUAACCAUGAGGAACUAUGAGCAGGCCCUGCAGGAUUCUGGGAUAGUUUGUCAGAAGGAACCUCUCUUGACUAAGGGGCACCACAUAAAAGCUCAGGCUCUUUGUGCACUGGGAAGAAGUGAGGAAGUGUUGAAGGAAUAUCUCUACUGCCUUGCUUUAAAUCCUGAUUGUAGCACAAUGAAGAAAGAGGCACAGAAGGCAGUGUGUGAGGUGUUUUUUCCACCUUCAGAAAACGUACGUCAGCACACCAAGGCUUGCAUCCAAAGCAGAGCAAAGGCUCAGUGUCGUGGCCGGAAAAACAAGCCGCUGCCACCACAGUCCGCAGAAGGUGGUAACUCAGGGAGUCCUGAGAAUGCAUCUGAGAAAACUGAUGUAUUUCGAAAUGCCAAUUCUUCGGUCUUGUAUUUUAUACUGGGUCUACACUUUGAAGAGGACAAGAAAACAUUAGAAAGCUUACUGCCAGAGAAACCCAGCACGGGCUUAAAGAGACAGCAUCCGGAUGAUACGGAGGAUGCCCGUGAACUUAGUGCCCCUGGAAAAAUUCCUAAGAAAGAUGCAGAUGCCUCACCUGAAAAGAAUGUGAACUCUAAGACAGGAGAAGGUCCAGAGCUCCCGAUUGAUGUGACUGACUUUGAGUGUGCCCUUUGCAUGAGGUUGCUCUUUGAGCCUGUCACCACGCCCUGUGGACAUACAUUCUGCCUCAAAUGCCUGGAGCGCUGCCUUGACCAUGCCCCACACUGUCCGCUGUGCAAGGACAAGCUUUCGGAAUUGUUGGCAAGCAGAAAUUUUAAUAUAACUAUUCUGGCUGAAGAAUUAAUAUUCCAAUAUUUAUCGGAUGAAUUGACGGAUAGGAAGAGGAUUUAUGAUGAAGAAAUGUUGGAACUAUCACAUCUGACCAGGGACGUGCCCAUCUUCGUGUGUGCCAUGGCCUUCCCCACGGUCCCCUGCCCGCUCCAUGUCUUUGAGCCCCGCUAUCGGCUUAUGAUAAGAAGAUGUAUGGAAACUGGCACCAAACGAUUCGGCAUGUGUCUGUCUGCUGAGCAUGCCGGGAUUUCCGAGUACGGCUGUAUGCUGGAGAUCAAGGAGGUCAGAACCUUUCCUGAUGGAAGCUCCGUUGUGGAUGCCAUCGGAAUCAGUCGGUUCCGAGUAUUAAGCCACCGUCACAGAGAUGGCUACAACACAGCAGACAUUGAAUACCUGGAAGAUGAAAAGGUGGAAGGUCCAGAGUACGAGGAACUGGCUGCUCUUCAUGAUUCUGUUUACCAACAGUCAGUGUCCUGGUUCGCAUCUCUUCAGGACCACAUGAAAGAACAGAUCCUAAGUCAUUUUGGGUUAAUGCCUGACAGGGAACCUGAGCCUCAGAGCAAUCCUAGUGGUCCUGCCUGGUCCUGGUGGAUCCUGGCAGUGCUGCCGCUGGAGCGCAAGGCUCAGCUAGCCAUCCUCGGCAUGACCUCCCUGAAGGAGCGCCUGCUUGCCAUUCGGCGAAUAUUAGUCAUCAUCACACGUAAGAUGAAUAGUCGCCAAGAGGUGGUUAAUAACAGGGAAAGAAAUAAUUGAUUUUCUCUCUGCGUUGAGGUUUCUGGAAUUCCCUGUACUUCUGUGAAUGCUGGGAAUGGACGAGCACCCAUCCCCGCCACUGCGCUUUGUAAAAUGCUUGUCGAUAAGGUUGCCAAAUGGAACUCUUGCCAAACGCUGACUCCUGCUCACUAGUUGCAAGUCUGUGCCUGGUGGAAUCUGACCCAGUACACAGUGAGCCUGAAAUUUACAUGGCGCCCGUGGUUGGAAAACCACCUCAGAAAGUCUCUUUGAAGCCAAUGUUUCAGGAAUGCAGUUCACUGAUAACACAGGGCACCGCGUACGACUCACAGGAAGCAAAGGUUUCACAAGGAUGGAGGACUCCAUUCCUGAGGAGUAUCUGGCUCUGCCAGAUGGAUCGAAACAUGUCAGUGACCACAGACAGCCGUGGGGGGUGGGGGAUUGUGUUUUAAUCUGGAAACAGAUUACUAGAGCACAGGCUAACCAAAAAAUGCGCUUAGGCUUUGUGUGUCCCUGUGAACUUAUCUGUGAAAUUAAGGAAUCAAACCAUUGUCCAGUGCAGUAGCCAAAAUUAGUCCUUCCCCGAGAAGUAGCAGUUUUGGAUAGAACUGUGUUUCACGUCUUGCUGUAGUCCCAGGUGUCGUAAACUGCAUGUUGCAAUCCAUUUAAUGUGAAAAUACAAGAUGUAUCUCGGAUAUAGAAAAGUCUGAUAAUAAUCUAGUUAAUUUGAGGCUAUAUAUUUAUACACACUCAAUGAACAGUAAGCAAGAGUAAGUUUAAACUGUAUGUGUGUUGGGAUGUCAGACAUACCGCCAAAGUAGGUCAGAGAGCCCUUGCAAGCAGAGCCCUGUCUCAUUGAUUUAAUGGAUGCUAAGCAUUUAGGAGACAGUCCACUUCUCUACUAGGCUUUGCAUUACCAGUUAGGCCCAUCAGUAAAUUUCAAUUUACUCUCCAUCCACUAAUAUAUGACGAUGUUAAAAAAUUGCCAUGCCGUGGUAAUCUGCCUGUUCGAGGGAAAUCAACCAGAAUGUACAAGGAAAAAGAGACUGGCAUGGGAUGUCAGUGUUCAGCAAAUUUUUCUCCAACGUCAACCUAAAUUCUUAUUAUAUCGGUUUUAUGUUUAUCAGACCAAACAUUAUUUAUCAGAAAACAAUAGGUAUACCUUGGUUAAUGCACGUGGUAAUAUUGACAGGGAUAACUAUUUGGGGUACCCAGAUGUUCCCGCUGUUCUACCCAGCUGGUGCAGAUAACUGGCUUCCUAGAUUGUGAGGCACACGUUCUUAAUCGAAGGAUGAUGAAAACUAAUGAGCAAAUGACAGCUACAAGUUCUGCCUCAUUCAUUCAGAGUAUUCAAUUGUUUUAGUUUUAAGAAAUUUUUCAUAAUACAAAAAUUUUUAUCACAUCAUCAGUUAUUUCACUAGCAGGACAUUAUACUCAUUGAUUUUUUUAUUGUAGGACUUUUCAGUAACUACAAUUGCUUCAUUAUGGGAGUUAGAAAAUACUAGACUCAUUCAACUUAAUUAUAAGGAGAAAGUAUUCCCUAAUCUGACCACUUAAAUAAAAAAAAAACUGAUUGACAUGCCAGGAAGCCUUUAGUGGAAGUGAUUCAUGAAAAUUAAUAGGUAUCAACCAUUGUCUGUCUCUUUUUGAAAAAAAAAAAAUUCAUACCUUUGUUAAGGAUUCUUUUGCUCAAUUCAGAUGGAAAUUGGAAAAAGGCAAAGGGCCACUCCCUUAGUUCUAGCGCUCCAACAUCCAGGUGCCAGUGACUCUCUGCUCUUGAUGUUGACGCUCCAGGCUUUGAGUGCCAGUGACUCUUAGCUUUUAGUGUUAUGGCUCUGAGCUUCGGGUGCCAGUAGCUCUCAGCAGUUAGUGUGAUAACUCUGAGCUUCGAGUGCCUGUGGCUCUCGUAUCUCAGAGUAAACCUGUUCCCUGAGUGCCCCUGCUUCCCAACAGCUGGCAUUAACAGCUCUUCUAGCUGCUGCUGGAAACUCCUCAGCAGCCAGAGCUAGCAGCUCUCCCAGUGUGGGGCUAGCGGCUCCCUACAGUCUCCCAUGGCUCUCUGCUCUCAGCCUUUGUCUGGAGCUUGUCAGCAGUGAUCUGCCUGUGAGGCGUUCUCAAGGCUAGCAGCCCUGGUUACCAGCUCUUACUGUGACCAGCUCAGCCCACUAUACCCAAGAUAGAAAUCAUCUAAAUAAGUCUUUAUUGGGGCUUAUGCUGCAGCACAGCAGGCAGAGUGGUGAAUGGAAGUCCCAGACUGUCCUGAUAAGACUGAGAAAAGUGCUGCUUAUGUAGCAAAAAAAAAAAAAAAACCGAUGCCCACAUGUCCACAGUCUCCUGCCUACUAACCUAACCAGACUUUCUUCAGUCCUGCCAGUCUGCAUAGUUGUACUGGCCCAGCUGUCAUGGGGGAGUGGUGCUCCUCAAGGACCAGAGUGAGGACAUCUGAAGAGUAGGCAGAGAUGUCUGGGGUGGUUCAAGGAUGUCCAAGGCUGCCCCAACCAGAGCAGUCUCCUGGAGCCAUGGAGGCCUCUGGAGCAGCCGUCGCUAUCGAGACAGCUCUGUUGGACUGUCAGAGAAGCAGCCACCUGAUUGACAGUUCCUGCAGUUUCCAUGGUAACCAUAACAGCUGCAUGACAGCUGCAGGAGUGCAGAAGUAGCAGCAGCAGCAGGUGGGUUGGGCUUCAGUUGCUGUCAUGAUGACAGGCAGCCAGGCUGCCAAAGUCGGAGCCCUCUGACUGACAGCCUUUGUCAUUCUGAGGAUGCAGUAGGGCUAAGAUUGCUGACACUUUCGAUGGCACUUUAGGAGCAGUAGCAGUGUCAGUCACAGCCCAUCCAAACUCAGAUGCCCCAAGGACAAUAGCAAUAGUCCCGAUCUGACCCCAGUCUCUGCCCGGUCUGGGGUGGUUGUCUUGUUGUGCUGCAGCAGGGAGGGGCAUGACGGCUGUCAGUCAGCCCAGCAGCCAGCCACUGGUGUCUGUCAGUUCCCACCAGCCCCGGGCAGCAUCAGUAUCAAAAACGGAAAGAAACAGCAGAAAAGAAAUUCUCUUUGGGGAACUUUGGUCCUCCUUUCUGUCUCACCUCAAUCCUGUGUCAGAAGAGUCAUCACUGCUAUUUCCACUUGGAAGUUUCUAAGUAACCACAGAAUGACCACCGUUUCCCCCGCAGCCUUUCUAACCCAAAGUCUCUGUACUGCUAUAGCCUUUGGAAGCUCCUGCUUGCUCCUCCUCACUUGCUGAAUGUCAUACUGAGCCAGUGCAAGGAGUCAGAACUGUCUGCCUCCGUCUGAACAGUGUUCUCAUGUGAGCGCCCUCCCGGCAGUGGUGACGCAGAUGACAGCAACACACGUCCCUGUCUGCUGACACCAAAGGAGACUGAGUGUGAGCACCCCACAGUGCUUCUCCAGCAUCAGUCCUCCACACGGUGCCCAGUAGGCAGAGAUGGGUCCUCACCCAGCCCUCCUAUGAUGGUGUCCAGGAAAUUGAACCAGGAUAUCUGUGUCCCCUGGUCACAUUAUAAAGGAAGCAUCUUUUACAAACAUAAAAAAGAGGCCCAACUCCACUUUGCUACAGAUCUAGCUCAGAGCAGCACAGUCUGCUUCCUCCUCCCCAGCCUUCUUCUUCUUUUCUGUCAGGAAAAUGUCACUUUUAAGGAUUUCUCAGAAGAUAAUGUGAACUCUCAGCACAAGUGAGGGCUUUUCAGUUUAAUUUUGUGGAAAGCAUUCCAGCCCUGGUGCUCUCCUCACACCAGGAUAAAAGCAAACAGGAGAAGUACCAGUGUGGGGAGUCACCUUCUUCCGGAGAUGCUGCGCACUCUAUUAGGUAUUUUCCCAUUUGUUCCCCUGAGAACCCUGACUCAUAGUGCCAUACCUGCCUGUCCUUGAGCUGCAGCUAGGAUGCGAAGAGGCAGGCCCGAGAUGUUUGUAGCAUAUCCCAUCCCCUGGGCCUCUCCAUCUUCGACAGGGAAAGGAUAGUCCCAAAAGUUCCAAAUGAAGAUUUUUACAAAUUAAGAUUCUUUUCAUGAGCCACAGUGAUUUUUUUUUUUUUAGAGAGAGAGAGAGAGAGAAUUUUUUAAUAUUUAUUUUUUAGUUUUCGGCAGACACAACAUCUUUAUUUAUACAUGCUGCUGAGGAUCGAACUCAGCGCCACGCGCAUGCCAGGCGAGCGUGCUACUGCUUGAGCCACAUCCCCAGCCCGCCACAGUGAUUUUUUUAACCAGUUCCCAUGUGAAAUUCUACAGUGUUAUCCCGUUUGUAUAAUCAUAAAUGUGUCCCUUUUUUCUCACAAAUGGCCUUACCCCCAAAACCACCAACAUGAUAAAUUGUAACUCAGCAAUUAUAUUUUCAAUCAGAAUGGUCUAGUACUUGACCUAGCUAUAUUACAUAGGAUUUUUUAUAUUUUUAAAUGUUGCUUUUUCAUGGUACCUGUUUCUUAUUCUUUUUUCCCCCAUCACUUAAAUUACUUGGGAAAACAUCACUCUUUAAAAUUUAGAUGCUAUGUUAGUUCACUUUCCAUCACUGUGACAAAACAGCUGACAAAAUUCAACUUACAGGAGGAAAAAAUUAUUUGGGCUCAUGGUUUCAGAUGUUUCAGCCUGUGAUCUCCCGGCCCCAUUGCUUUGGGCCUCGUGCCAAGUAGAACAUCACUGCAGAGUGUGUGGCAGAGGAAACUUAUUCACCUCAUGGUGGCCAGAAGGCAGAGAGAGAAAGGAGCACCCUCCAGUAUCUCCUCCAAGGCCUCACCCCAGUGACCUAACUUCCUCCCAUUAGGCUCCGCCUUCCACAGGUUUCACUGCCUCCCAGUAGAGCCGCGGGGCUGGUGACCUAGUUCAGCACACAGCCUGUGGGGUUCACCAAAGAUCCAGAACCACAAGAGAUUCUAUCAAAUAAGGAAACAAGAAAUGUGAAAGAUAGGAGAAAGAGAGAUCAUGACAAGUUAGAAAAGAUGAUAAGUGUGAGAGAUUCUUUUUUGUUGAAGCCAUGAGUUUGUUUUUCCCAAAUGUGGCUACAGGGUGGGGCAGGGAGGUCCCCAUCUCCCAUUUGUUAGCUUGGGCAGCAGAGGCAGGCAGCAGAGGGAGCUCUUUGUCUCUCCACUAUCCCUGAUUGAAGGCCCUGUCCUGAUACCAUGGCUCAUCAGAACCCAGUUCCCACAAGAGCCAACCCGAAUGUGCAGGGUGAGUGGUGGGCGCCACCUUAUAGGAAGACACCUGCAUCCUGAGGCGUCGCCUCCUGUCUGCUGGGGAGGGACACUGCAUGCUGAGCUCAGACCUUGACUCCCGGGAGGAGGCCUUUUUGCCUGUACAACUCCUCACCUAACUUCACCUUGACUUUCACUUCUAAAUCCUGUAAGAUAGCCUCUUAGGUUCCUGGAUCAAUGAGUCUGUGGCAGUCGUGCAAGAAGAUGAAGAAAGUCUGUGCACUCCACUGAGUUGGGGAUGUUGGCCCCGAGUCAGUCCCAGAGUGUUUUCCAGGGCCUCAGCCGAGCCUGGCAAGCCAGCAGUCCACCACAGAGCUGUGUCCCCAGCCCCAAGUCCAAAUUUAUAAAGGUGACCCGAAUGACAGCGCAAAGAGGGGAGCUCCAGUGGAAGAGAAGCUUCGUGUCCGGUUUCCGCGGGAAAGAGAGGCAGAACGCGCCCCCAGGGCCAAUCAGGGAAGCACUCAGGCAGAACGGGAGUGGUGGGAAAGUACAGCCCCCGUCCCUCGUGGGCCCUUGAAUGUUUUCUGCAGGAAACACAAGGCUGGGCAAGGGAAGCGGCUUGCAUUGCUUCAACUCAGUUGUGCCCUGGGCUCUGGCUACAAGGGCGCUCUCUAGUUGUCUGAUAGCUGACCCCUAGUGAUUAGGGCAGGGGACAUUCUCUCCUUUGGUAUAAGGGCCAGAUAGAGGAGGUGGAUUGGUUAGUCUGCCUGUGGAAAGCAUGCUCCCAGGCCACUCUUCCUGUGUCUAGGAAUUAGCCAGCCUUGGGAGGGGCAAUUUCUUAGAAGUUAGUUAAGCCCCAAGGAUGUCAAACAUAAAAAUUAGAAAAGGGGUGAUUAGUACAAGCUCACACUAGCAUUUCUGGAUUGAGCUUUUACACUCAAAAUGACUUAAUACACUUCUCUGCAGAAGGGUAUUAAGGAAACUGACAGGAGUUAAACUUAACCUAAGUUUGAGCAAGAAAUAGGUUCUAGAACCAUGGAGCACUCCAGAUCCAAAAUGGUUUAGAAUGCCGUCCACCCCCAAGGUCAUGAGCUGUGUUUAUAGUGGGAAAAACAGGAAAUGUCAUACGGAGAUUAGUUGAUUGGUACAGUUCGGCAUUUGCUUUAUUUGGGCAUAAUCUGGGAGACUUUAGUGUGGGAUUGGCUGAGGGAACAGCUGCUAUAAUUGGCCGAUGCUCAGUUGCUUGGUUACCAGGGGUAUACACUUAGAUUACAACUUGCUUGCACAUCAAGCUAGGUUGUAGUUCAUUUUAUAGAGGCUGCCCUAUGUCUGAUUUUAUCACCCAGGUAAGAAGGCCAGUUUAGUCCAAUUUAGUUCAAUUUUAAUAAUUCUUCCUUGGGGUCAUCCUCUCAGACUGACCAUAGGCGUGGGCCAUGACACCAUCUUUAGCAACCAUCAUAAUGAAUCUGCUUGUUCUUGGUUCAGAAUUUAUAUUUCAUAAUGUCACAUGAGUUGGAUGACUUUUGUGUUUUACAUUUUUGACAUUCUGACUGCAGUGAGACCAUUUGAUUUAGCAAGGACAGUUGCAUCCAGGUAUUUAAGGCUUCUGAGUAAGUAUUACACAAUACACAGGGCCAAGAAACUGGUCAGAAGGCAGGAGUGAGCCAGGGCAAACAGCAAGACCCAAACCAGUGAGCAGGCAUGACAGAAUAAAUGAGCUCUCCACACUCCAUGAAGGACCCCCAGGAGCUGGAAAUGAGGGCCAUCUGGUGGUGUUUGAACAUACGUCAGUUCUCUCACCUGUAAGUCUGCAUGGCUCCUAUUCCAGGUAUACUGGAAAAUUUGCUCUUAGUGCACCGUGUUUACCUGUUGUAAGGAUGCAUAACCAUACUUAUUGUCAGGGGUCCUUCUUGGUUGUUUAUCAGUAACCUCAUAUGAGCGGUCACUCCUACCCACACAGACAGCUACCAGAACAUGUUACCUGGAGCACAGAACACCUUGUGUCGGCCUCCCCUGGACAGGUUUUCCAUAUGUAGCGACUGCCAGGCUAUGGAUUGGAGAGAUCAGUGAGCCUAGGAAGCAAGUAGUGAUAUUUAAAAUAUCCGGGGUAGCCUUCCACUCUUCCUUUGUGUUUCAGGGUAUUUCUCAAUGGGAGCAUGAGAAAGGUACUAGCAUUAAUGAAAGGGUUUACUCAUCUUUUUGGCAUUAGCCCACAGUCUCAACAGUCACCCUUUCUUUCUUUUUAUUUUUUACUUAUUUAUUUUUUGCAGUGCUGGGAUGGAACCCAGGCUGUGCAGGCCAAGCCAGUGCUCUACCACUGAGCCACCCCCCGCCCUCAUUCUGGCUUCUUGCUAAAGCGUAAGCCUUUGCUGAAGCCAUUGACAGAUGAUCAUUCUGCACUUCUUUCCCUAUUUGGGGUGGGGUGGGGAGUAAUUAGCCAGAAACAGAAAAAAGAAAAGAGGUAAGGCCUUUGUUGUAACAGAGAAGUUUUGAUCCAGGAUCUUGGAAAGCUUAAGAUGCUAUUUUCAGGAAGAAAUUCCUUGAUUAGCUUUACCUUUAACAUCUCCACCACAUGUGCAGUUCCAGGAGUAUGAAGGGGCCCUUUUAAGUUUUGAAGUAUGGGCGGAGGAUUUGAGGUCCCAGAACUUUAAUGUAGCUGGGGAGGAUUUGGUAGGAUCCCUCCUGUGAAGUUGAAGGGAAGUGUUUGUGUCAUUUCCAAAAGCCCUGGUUUCCAGUUUGUAACUUGUGAGAGGUUUGCUUGUCAUCGGCUGAUGGUCACAAGAAGCUGCUUUUACCUGGUGACCCUUUGCGGCUCUAUUGUUAAGGGCCUGAGGCCACCCAGGAGCUAUUUUGUAAGGGUGGGCCUUUGUUUUCCGUGUCAGUGGACCUGAUUGCCAUGACUUUGAAUCAGUGGGCACUUCAAACAGAAAGAUGGGAGCAUUUGGAACUGCAGGAAACACAGACAUCAUGAUUGUAUUAAUUGCUCACAGAUCUGGAACAAAUCUCCAACCUCAUCCAUUUGAUUUCUUCCCUGAGAGGAGUGGGGUCUUACCAGAAUCAUGUGUCCCUGUUUAAUGAAGCCUUCUACAACUGAUGAGCUCCAUUAGAUGUUAGGGAAAUUUAGGUGAAGGUUUAGAAUGACCUAUUUGGACUUUUAGAGCUCCACACUUUCAAUCCUUCCAGUAGCAGAAGAAGCCAUUAAACAUCCAGGGCUUUUAGAAAGGUCAAGGGUACUAUAGGCCUGAGCUCCAGCCAAAUCAAGUUCUGCCUGUAGGGAGCAUGGGGGUUCUAGUUCCUGGGCACUGGGAAACAAACUCCUAAGAUUCUUCCUCCCUCCCAAGAGAAUUUUAUGUGUCCCUUUAGUUUGGAGAGUGAGUCUGGCCCCAGCAAGUUCACUUGAGCCAGCCAACAGAUAUAAUGUUACUUUUUUUUUUUUUUUUUAAUCUAAAGAGGCCCCAUUGUCAAUUAGAGUGUCAGCUGUGGGACCCUCUUGUACUGAGUUGAAACCUCACCACAGAGAUGACCUUUUUUACUCCAAGGGGUUUGUCGAUUUGAUUUUCUUUUUUUUAAGAGAGAGAGAAUUUUUUAAUAUUUAUUUUUUUAGUUUUCGUUGGACACAACAUCUUUAUUUUAUCUUUAUGUGGUGCUGAGGAUCGAACCCAGCGCGCCGCACAUGCCAGGCGAGAGCGCUACUGAUUGAGCCACGUCCCCAGCCCCAUGGGUUUGUUGAUUUUUUCAAGUGGAGUUUAUGUUGGGUUCCCUAUUUUUUUCUCCUUGUUUGGUCAGGAUGAUUGCAGGGAGCAAUUUACUGGAAAACCCUUUAGAGAACCAUCAGUGUUGAUUAUUAUUAUUAUUCCUCUAAUGGGAAAACAGUCUGGCCCCAGAGAAAGAAACGUUUAUUGUUAGGUUGACAUAAAAGUGAACAAGUUCUCCCCCAGUGUCCUGGUUGUUUGCAAUGGAGGCAGACACCUUAGAGGUACAGAACCCUCGUUCUAGAUUUCAGAGAAGGACGGGGAAGCCACUUUGGUCUGGGUCCCUGCCGUUGUUGGAGUUGGAGUUUGUGUAAGUUUGUUAGCCUGUGGGGGGUUCAGGUCCUCAGCUGCUCAGGGCAGUCUACCCUCAGCCCUUUCUCUUUUUUUUUAAGACAGGGUCUCACUAUGUUGGCCUCCAGGAUCAUCUUGCCUCAGCCUGCUGAGUAGCUGGCACUAGAAGCAUGCAAUACCACCGCGCUCCACCUUGUUUCUUAACCAGACUGCCAAGUUCAUGACCAGGUCCAUUUAUAAAGAAAGCAGUCCAUGCCUUUUGGUGCCUGCAAGAAAUAUCCCUUGAAUUCUGAGCCCAGGAUGCUUCACGGCGUUCCUGGGUGAGCUCCGUAAUCUGAAACUGAUUCAUCCUUCUUUUUCCUACAGGAUUAUAUAAUGGAGCAAUUUGUUUUCUGUGGGGAAACUUCAGGAAUCGAAUUUAAAACUCUUUCAGUCAUUUUCGUAGCUCCCCUUGGUCUGACCUUGAAGGGUCUUCUUCUCAGCCAGCUUUGGUUUUUGCUUCUAUCAUCCAUUUUUAAGCUUCUCCGGGUUCCAGUGUGUGAAUAGAUUGGUCAAGGUCAGGAAGUCUUGAGCCCUAAGCUCAUAACAAGGGUCCUAAAUUCCUUGAUAAGUUUUUGAGGAUCUUCUUUUGGACUUGAGAAGUCGCUUACAACGGCCGGCUGUAUACUUAGACCGUGGAGUAAAAGCAGUUCAGACGGGCAGGUUUGGCCCCCAGCUCUCCCUUUAUAAGGCAUCUGUUUGACUUUCGCUUUUUUAUUGUCCUCAAGGGGAAGGGACAAGUGGGCUUUUAAAAAGGGCUGAUGGAAUAGUGGACUCAGUAUCUAGGCAAAGACCCGUGGCGGAUGGGCUUAGUUCAAGGUAGUCCCCUUUCACCCUGCCCUUGGUCUGCUGCUGAAGCUUUCCAUUUGCUUUCUCCAAAGAAUCUUUUCAGGAGGUUUUGUUGUUGUUGUUGUUGUUGUUGUUGUUGUUGUUUUAAUUCAUUCAGUCUUUUCGAUGCCUCUGUGCCAAUUAAAGAACACAUUCCACUGUUUGGGGGUGAUUUUCUUGUUUUUCUAAUAUGUGUGGCAAGUAAACAAUUUUGUCCAAAUGGAAACUUCCAGAAUGUGGCCACUGUUUCCUAGUGAGGCUAAGCUCUUUUCCCCCAAAUGUGCAUGUGCACGCCCAUAAUUCUGACUCACGAACCUAGCCAACGUCAUCCAAAUCAAAACAAUCAAAAUUGAAGAUCAAGAACCCCAUCUUGUGGCCUCCAACCUAUCCAGUCCUGUACCUUCUGUCUGACCUACUCAGACACCUGAGGCCUCUUCUCUGAGUCCAGUUCGGUAAUAAUGAGAAAGAAAAGGGGGGAAGAGGUUGCACAGGUAAAUUUGGAGAGCUCAGGUCGUGAAGUGAUUGGAGCUCAAGAUCCAAGGAGGAAAGUGCCCAGGAGCUGCGGUGUGGGGUGGCGGGGCUCCGUGGGCCCUGGCCCGUCUCCCACUUUAGUUAUUUUUUCUCCACAACAGCACCACUGUGUAAAUAAAAAACUGAUAGGAAUUCAGUGUAACCACUUAUUUGACCAAGAAGUAGGUUCCAGAGCCAAGCCGCCUUCCAGACCCAAGGUGAGCCAGAAGGUCUCCCUCCCUCCCCGCACCCCAACGCAUGUACUUCAACCAGAAAAGCAGGAAAUGGCUGCAGAGAUCACCAGACUGGUGCAGUUCAGGGUUUGCCUUACUUGGCAAUACAGUCACCUGACGCUUCUGGGGCUACAUUCUGGGAUAGGUCCUUAGGUGAUUCUGUCUCAGCGUGAACACAUAUGGCGUACUUACACAAACCGAGACAGUGACAGUGUCACCAGGCAGUAUAAUCUCAUAGCAGCACCGUAUCAUAACUGCCCACAUCCAGCCCCUGACUCAUUUGGCAGCCUUCAGCCUGGGAUGGCCUGAGCCUCUUCCACCUUGAUGGGCUCCGGCUGUUGCUUGGUUACCAAGGCGCACUCUUAGGGUGGGUUGCAUCUUGCUCUUGCCUGGGUUGCAGUUCAUCAUGUUUUAUCACCCAAAUAUAGAGGCUGGUUUAGGCCAAAUUUAAUUCAUUUUAACUGGGCCCGGCCUAGGUCUGCAGGCAGACCACGUUUUAUCCCAGAAGCUCAUCAGCACAAACGCUGUCAGUCAUCAGAGCAGGCAGGGUCCAGGAGAGCCAUGGGAGAGUCCCCACAUUGUGACAGCCCCCCAGGAAGAGAGACUGGGCCUGAAUAACAGCAGGGAACACUAAGGGCAUUUGCUGUCUUAGGCUGCGUUGGGAAAUUUGACCCUGAAGGAAGGAGGCAUCGACAACCCAGAUCACCUCUUGGUUUCCAGGGAUGAUUUUUUGAAAAGUGCAUCCAGGUUGUCAUCGUUGACCAUGUUGUUUUAACUUUAAGGGUUCUGUUAAAUUUUUUACUGUGGACAGUUUGAUCAGUGACACUUUAUCUCUCAUACUGCUUUACCUCCACCACCACCAUUUUCCACUGGAAAAAUAAAUAAAUAAACAGACAGUGAAGAGGUUGGGAAGCUCCUUCCAUGCCAGUGGAGGAUGGUGUCCUUAGCAAGUUAAUUUUGUAGUUGUGAAAUUAUUUUACCAAUUAAGAAUUUGUCGUGUAUUGUUUUUUCUUUUAGAGCAGAUUUGAACAAAUAAGUCCAUGUAGAUGAACUUAAAAAUCAUGAUUUUAUCUGUUUAGAGAUAGGCAGUGUGUUACCACGUUCAGCUGAUACAGAUGAUCCACCUGGCCUUUUGUUAUCCUAAGUUUAAGUCAGGGUUGAACGAUGUUAUAACAGUAUCUGGCAUUUGUUGCUUAAGUGAGGCCAAAUUUAAAUGUUGCGUGAUUUACUUCAUUGUAUUCUCGUACUGUUCCUUUUACUUCAACGGAACUGUAUAUCCAACAUGUGAUAUUUGGAGUAAAUAAAACUUACAGUGUUGUAAA